UUAAAACCUUUAUUUUAAAGAAUUGUUUGAAAUAAUAAAGAAAUUUCCAUCAUAUACAAUGCAAAAAUACGCUGUAAAGUUAUUUGUAAAUAUUAAUAAAAAAUCGCCAGAGUACUCCAUGUUCUCUUUCAGUCUUUGGAGCUUUGGAGUUACCGUAGUUCUGUAGUCUGGUGGUUAGUGCCUGUCAUCUGAUUCUCGCCUCGAUACUAUUUCUUACAGAAGCCGGUAUGUAACGUGUAGAAAAAAGCAUACCCACUAUUUUCUUGAUAAUUUCACCUUUGUGCAUUCACAGGGACUUAAAAAUUGUGUAGAAAAAAAGCAAAGUUAAGAAAGUUGGUACCCUUUUUCUACAGAAGCCCAUGUACACUGACUUACAAGUCUGCAUGGGACAUUCAUUAGAUUUAACUAUGUAGCUUAACGUAGCUUUAGUUGCAAAUAAUUUUCAUGUGAUUUGAUGUUGUUAACAUUAUAUAUUAAGUUUACAAAUGAUGAAGUACAUGUAGCAUAUUUUUACUUUAUGAAUUUAUGAUAUUGAUUCUUUCAAAACAACUUGAUUUGCAUGGGUACAGUUGUUUUUUCUUCAUUACAGAACUUUCUCCAUUGGAAAAAUAAAAGCUGAGAAGACAUGAAAUUUGAUCAGGUAUCGUUUAGACUGCCUGUAUAAUACCUAGCCAUUAUUGAGGAUCUUAAAAUGGACACAGGAUCGGGCUAUACCACUGAUACAAGCAGUAUAAGUACUGAACCUUCUGAAAAAAGGAAAGUUAAACAAAGACCACGAAAGAAAAGACAACGUUUUUCUGCUGGACCUAGUUGGGGUCCUUUAGAAUCAGAUACGAAAGAAGACUGGAAGUUAAGAAGUGUGUCGACCAUCUGGACAAUGAGCAGAAUAAAAGACUAUGGACUUCAUUAUGAAAACAAAACAUCACCAUUUUCUGAUUUCUAUGAUUUAUUUAAAGCUUGUGAUGGAAACAAUGAUUCUGGAUUUAUUUUUCCUCUGGAAGGAGAAGAAAAGACUUUGUUAGAAACAUUAGUAGACCAAACCAACUUGAUGAUAGAUCAAUAUGGUGUCGAACGAGAAGAUCCUAUGAUGUGGAGCUCAAAAACAUUAUUCAACUGGGUUAGAUUGAAGAAAAAUUGUAAGGAGGCAGUGAAAAACUUAACACAGAAUAUUCCCACCAGAAAUCCAUUGUUGCAGGAAAGUCACUUUGCCUUAAAAAAGUUUUACCAUGCACUGAAUGAUCACUUUCAAGAGAGGAUAGAGAAUUACAACUCAUCAACUGAAGUUACAAAAGAAUGUUACACUGAUUUAUUGUCAAAUUUUCUGGAAGUUUUCUUGUUCACACCAAGGCGAGGUAUGCGGAAGUCAGUUCUGGAAAUAACAGGGAAAACAGAAUCAAGUGUCCCAGACCUUCGUCUGACAAAUGAUACUGCAAUGAAUCUCUUUGUUAUAGAAGUUAUGGAGGUAAAACAAGUUCAGUGCAACCUUGAUGAGUCUGUACCAUUUGAUAUCAACAAAGAACUUAAUGAUAGACUUCUCGGCCAGCAUGCUAGAGAGUUGCUGAUAAAUUAUCAAAAGACGUCUUUUGGAGAUUUAGAAGCUGCAUUAGGAAUUAUCUGCAUGCAAACUUCAAUUAUUUUUACUUGCUUGAAGAUGUCCUUGGUGCAUUAUGCUAAUAUACAACAAUAUGGUACAGACCUGGUGUCUAGAGAAAUCAAAGGGGAUGAUAGCUUCCGUAUGCUAAAAGAUGAAUCAGAUGAUAGGGAAGAAGAAGGUUUCAAUUAUAAGUCAAAACAGAGGAAAGUUGUGUCUGAACAAGUUACAUUAGAGGAAACGUAUAAAAAAUCAAGAAAUAGUGGAACCAUAUUUUACACAAAACCGUACAAUUACCUUGUGUCAAAAGACAGAAGACAAAUUAUGAAUUUUUUAUUUUGGAUCGGAAUUAAUUCUCGUAGAAACUUUUGAUGGUACUAAGAUUCAGAUUUGAUUGUAAAAAAGAAUACAAUAGUUGAUCUUUCAA